GUUUGCAAAUGCCAUUACCAGAACUCUUCCCCUUUUCGAAGUCGAAAUGACCGCUUCUAUCCAUCAAAAAUCGACUCUCGAUGCUCUGCCGAAAACUUUUGUUUCGGCCAUGCGGACAUUAUUCGAUGUCAUGGACGAUAAACGAACUGGCUACAUUCGUUUGGCUGACAUUGAAAAACGUUGGCACGAUUCCGCGAUUCGCGGCUUGCCCGCUGGUGUGAUCGACAGCUUGCGGAAAGUGACCCCUGCGAAUGGACUGCUGACUUUCGAACGUUUUUGUGCCGGUUUGCGGAUUUCUCUGUUGCGUCACGAACCCACAACAAACAAGCGCCACGGUGCUCCGAAGAGCGUCGUCUCGCGACCCGCGUCCGUCCCGUUGCCGGAACGAGAGAACAUUCCGGUUCGAAAGCCGGGCACCCCUCUCGGAAAGCCAUUCCCGCAUCAUUCGAACUCCACGGACCGAUUAUUAGCCGGUAGCAGCGCGCCGUCUCCCGUUCAGUCACGCUUGAAUCGGCAGAACACCGCGACGGUGCGUCCCAACAAUGUGACUUUCGUUCAACAAAGGGCGAUUAGCAUGCCACACCUGCAAACGGGUAUCAAGACUUGUCAUCCGCCUCCACCUCGCCCCGAGCCCCCCUGGAUUAAAAAGGAAUCCGCCAAACGUGUCGCCAACGAACCCAUGGACAGGACUCAAGUUUCUAUGGCCUUGGAAAAGUGGAGGAUGAUGAAAACUUAUCACUCUCCCUCGAAAUCGGACAAUCGAGAGGCCUUAAAAACAAUUUCGAAAUUUUCCCAGAAUAAUAUGCCUUCUUAUCCAAGUUUACCCAGUGAGCAAGUAUCCAGUAGUGAUGUUAAAGGCUAUAAUGUUGAAAUGGCCUCAAAUCUUUCAGUAGACAGUGGAGUGGGCUUAAGGCCUCAGGACAGAGGUCCAGCUGCAAAGAAAGCCAGCAGGAGAAGGGAGCCAAGACGACAUACUGUGUCCAAUGGAAUAGAUUAUAACAUGAUAAAACGGUUAAAAUUGUUGGAGCAGGAAAAAGAUUUCCUUUUACAAGGGAUGGAUGUCGUAGAACGGGCGCGCAAUUGGUACCUGCAGCAGAUUUCUAACGUUAAUGAUAAACUGGAAAGAGUCAGCAAAUGGGACAUUCCACAUUCGGAAUAUUCAAUGGAUGCACAGCAAGAAAGAUUGAAUUUCCAAAUGACUAGAAUUUCUGAAGUCAAUCAGCACCUAAAUGCAUUGAUGGAAACCUCAGAAAAGGGAUUUCCAAUCCAUAUGAAUCUAGCAGUUCAUCAGAGGAAUAUAUAUGGCAUUCAGAAGACAACCACUCAAACUAUUGAGCGCUUGAAAUCUCAAAACCAUGCAUUGACUGAGGAAAUUGCAAAGAAAAGUGAAAUGAUAACACAGUUAGAAACUGAAAAAUCAGCCCUGAUAAGAGAAUUAUUUCAUGCCAGAACUUAUCCUAAAAAGGAGCCAAAUGAUACCACAUUGUGGUAGUUAUUGAGGAGAAAACUUUUAUAGAGAUAUAUUUUUUGUUCCUUUUCUUUCAGUAUUUGAUUUGUACAAAUAUAUUUAU